CGGCGUCGGUUACAGUGUACAGUGUACAGUGCGCAGAUGAAAGCACGCGCGUUCAGACUCAGACUGACUGUAGGAGAAUCAUGUUGAGGAGAGCGAGCACGAGCAGUUUGGUGGGGUUUGAUGAAUUCGGUUUCGCUCUUAGCAAGAAAAGAGACAGGAAACUUCGACACAGAUGUCACGAAUACAGUUAUCCUCAGCCUAAUCCAGUUAAGGUGAAGGAACUGUGUGAAUUCCUCAGUUACUGGAAUGGAUCCAGUUUUAUCUGCAGAAAUCAGAUCGAGAGGUUUAUUCGUAUUGGUAUUCCUCCAGCAAUGCGUGGACAGGUUUGGAAAUGCCUCCUAGAUAUCGACAGUAUCAGAGCUGCCAGCUCUUUUGAUUAUGAGGCAUGCCAGGCCGAGAUCCGUAAACCUCUGGUUGAUCUUGGAGUCAGUGAGUACAGUAUCGUUCAUACUAUAGAUUCUCUAGUGGACACAGAGAAUGAGAUCAGCAGCGGACAGGCUUCAGAUCUCCUCAGCGCUGACCUAACGCUCUUCAAACAGAUCGCCCUCGACCUGCGAAGGUCGUUUCCCACCCAUUGCACUCUGAUGGGGGACCGUCCGGAGGCUAUUGAGGGCCAGGCCAAACUUUUUAGAGUUCUUACUGGAUUUGCCCGAUAUAAUCCCCAGAUCGGAUACGUACAAGGGAUGUCCUAUAUAGCUGCUGUGCUCCUGAUGAUCCUGUCUGAGGAAGAGGCUUUCUGGGCUCUGGUUGCUCUGUUAGAAAAGCCCAAGUAUCUCUCCGAGCUCUUUGAUUCUACUCUGAAGAAAAUUCAGCAUCAAGCUUUGAUUUUUCACCAGCUCUUGAAGCACAGGAAACCUCUGCUAUUCCAGCACUUGGAGACUCUUGGGGUGUCUUCUCUGCAUUUCAUCAUGCAGUGGUUUCUCACUCUCUUCACCUCGCUGCCAUGCUGGGACUCAGUAUUGGCCAUUUGGGAUCUUAUCAUGCUGCAUGGUUUACAGGCUGUAUUCCGCACCGGUCUCACCAUCAUCCUGCUGCUCGAGUCUCGUAUCAUGAACAUGAGUGAGGAGGCCACAGUACUUCCUCUUCUGCUGCGAGUGCCUGUGGAUGUCUCCCAGCAUCGUGUCCUCAUCCCAGCCCUCUGGAACACUGACGUUCAGGAAUGGGAAAUUAACUGCAUGAACCGCCUAGUCUUGGAAGAGGCCAUUGGUGGACAGGAUGAAGGGAAAGUGAUUAAAGAAAGCACAAAAGACUGUACAAGUUCUCUCAGCCAUGGACAACAAGAUGAAAAACCUUCACAAGAAGUUGGCAGGAAAACUUCCAAGAAAGCGGUUCCAGGCUCUAGCACUAAAAAUGUUUUCACGCGGCUGCUGAAAGUUGCUCAGCAUUACCUUUUGGAAUCGGGGAAGUACAGUGCACCUGCCAAGAGGAGCCCUGCCCUCGGCCGCCUCUCCAAAACCAGAAUCUCCACCUCCUUCACUCAGACACAGGGUCGAACCAGGAGGAGCAGUAGCAGGCGUUCCCAGAAUUCCACUCUGGGUGGGGUCAAGAAGGAGCAGCUCCCUUCUCAAGAUUCAGAUGGAGCUGCUGAUAAAGACAGCUCCAGCUCUUCAGCCUGGCGUGUGAGGUCAGGACCCGUGGGUAAAGUGGCUCGCAGAAAGAGCCGAGUUCAGUCUGGACGAGGAGGUUCCCUCAUGUUGAAGAAUCGAAGCUCUAGAUCUCAGCAAACAGCAGCUCAAACGCUUAUGCGGCCAGAGAACACCAAGAAUGGUGAAUGUCAAGAAACCCAAAGCAGGCAUGUGCCGCUGAGCGAGAGAAACUUCAUCCCCUGCCCAAACACAGCCAGUCAAGUGCGGGAAUCACAGCUCAUUUGAGCCCACGUGGGACUCGUCAUGGAACAAAGUGUGCUCACUUCAUAACUGCUCAAUGAAGCACUGUCAUCUGACAAUUUAAGACUCUCUCCUCCUUCACCGUCUCUGACCACAUGUUGCUGAUAUGCACUACCAACUUUACACAAGUCCGUGUUAAUGUAUGAAUGAAGGAUUUUCAAAAUCAUGUUUUUUCUGACUUCCAUAAUUUAUGGAAUGUCCGUAUUUUAAUGUAGCUUUUAUAGUUAUUUAAUAAAAGAUUAAUUCAUAAUAAA